AUGGUCUGCUUCCUCUAUCCAGUCAAGCGCUUCGCGAAUCCGGAUCCGAAUGGCGACAGCUUUACCGUGAAAAACGAGUUCAUGGGAGUGUUCUUUACGCCAAGGUCGUACUGGUUCAUAUACCUUGACUUUGCGCUCCAGCGUCCAGUCCGAUUAGUCAACAGGAUGCUGUUUGAAUUGGUUGCGGAGGGUAUUAAGAGAGCUUUGGAUCAGUGGAGGCAGCGAGAUCUGCAUGGGAAGGCUGAUGGAAGUGACCUCGGGAGUACGAGCGACAUAUCCGCGUCGCGCACCCUUCGCACCGGCUCACCUCAAUCCUGUUUGAACAGCGAAAACAUUGCCUACACACGGUGGCUGGUAGCUGAAGAACUCUACGAGAAUCCAUGGAACGACUGGGAUACUUCGAAUCGCGAUGAUAUUUCACCCGAACGAUAUAUCUCUCAACCUCGCGAAGACCAUUCGAACCUCCUGUACAUGGUCAAGCCUUCAGUAUGGGCAGCUGCGAAUAGCGGUAGAGGAACACGAGCCGAAUGGUCAAUAUACAAAGUGCCUGGCAUUCAUCCUUCGGUAUCACACAAGGAGCAGACUGAGCUUUGGGUGGAGAUAUCGAGCAGGAUUAGGUCGAGAGGAAGGCGAACUGGAGGAUACGGUGGAUUGCGGCGGCUCGGGAGAACUCAAGGAUCUAUUCGACUGCGACAGUCGUGUUGA